CGGGUGGUUUGGAAGCUGCCCACGGCACCUAUAAGGGGGUGAUCGCGAACGCAAAUUGGCGAGGUGGUACUAUUGUGUGUUUGGGAGGUGUGCGCGCGGUGCGUGAAUAUCCCGACAAAAUCUUCUUCUUCGUCCUCACCUCGAAUCCCCGUUUCUUGUUCCUUCGAAUCUUUGAUCCUGAUCCUUUGCUUCUUGAACUAUCCCGUGUGAAAAAUUCCAAUCUUUUCUUCCUUUUUUUCUACCUCGGGUGGAAAUUGCUCCUCUUCUCGACCAGACUCUCCCUCGAGGAGCUCAAAAAUCUCUUCUUUUUUUUAGUUAUUCGCCAAUCUUUUCCGAGUCGAUUUCAUCCGAGAUAUAGUGCGCGCGAGGAGGGGAAGAGAAAUGCAGCCGGCGCCAGGCGGCGCGCCGGGGGCGGCGGCGUCCUACUACGCGCUGUACCACUUCGGCACCAGCGGCGUCGCCGUCGCCGCCGCCACCGCCGUCACGCACCCGCUCGAUGUUGUCAAAGUUAGGCUCCAAAUGCAGCUUGCUGGGCAAAGAGGAAACUUAGUUGGAAUGGGGACAAUAUUUACACAAAUGGUACAAUUGGAAGGGCCUAGGUCACUCUACCUGGGACUUGCACCAGCAUUGACUAGAUCUGUCAUCUAUGGUGGCCUUCGAUUAGGAUUAUAUGAGCCCUGCAAAUAUGUCUGCAAUUAUGCAUUUGGGUCAACAAACUUCGCUUUUAAAUUUGCAUCUGGAGUAAUUGCAGGUGCCCUGGCAACUGCAUUGACGAAUCCAACAGAGGUUUUGAAGGUAAGAUCACAAAUGAGUACAAGCAGAACCAGUACAAUCGGAGUGCUUAAGAAUAUUGUAGAAGAGGAAGGGAUCAAAGCACUUUGGAAAGGAGUUGGCCCAGCAAUGGCAAGGGCAGGCUGCCUCACGGCAUCACAAAUGGCUACUUAUGAUGAGGCUAAGCAGGCAUUGCUGAAAUGGACACCACUUGAAGAAGGUCUCCAAUUACAUUUCAUGUCAAGUUGCAUAGCUGGAACAGCUAGUACUCUCGCGACUGCACCUAUAGACAUGAUCAAAACAAGGCUAAUGUUGCAACGUGAGUGCAAAGGUGCCAGAGUAUACAGGAAUGGUUUCCAUUGUGCAUACCAGGUUGUUCUGACAGAGGGCGUAACAUCGCUUUAUAAAGGUGGGUUUGCCGCCUUUGCAAGAUUAGGUCCUCAGACAGCAAUCACCUUUGUUGUGUGUGAGAAGCUUCGUGAACUCGCAGGAAUGACUGCCAUUUGACAAUGCAUGACAUUGAAGGAUGCAUUCCAAUAGAUGCUUAGCUGGUGGCAUUUUUUCUUUAACUCCAGGCAUUAUCAACAUUUUUAAGGAUUCAUUACAAUUUACACCGAUGGAAAUCCAUCAGAACUCCAAGCACCUUCCAGAUUUUUUUUGUUUUGGCUUGCAAUUAAAUGAUGUAACUCUAUUUGUUAUAGUGGUACAGUCACACUUUCUUGUCAAGUAACAAUUAUUUGACAAAGUAUACAGAAGAAAGCAGAA